GGAAGAUGUAGAAGGGUGUCCAAUUACUCGAACGAGUAUAGCAAUGCCUAAUCUUCCUAAACUUUUGACAGUGGAGGAAAAGAAGUUCCUACUUGCAGUUGAAAGAGGCGAUAUGGCGAACGUAAAAAGGAUGUUGCAACAAGCUCAGAGAAAGGAGAAUCUUGAUAUAAAUUGUGUGGAUAGUUUAGGCAGGGGUGCCCUAACAAUAUCAAUAGAUCAAGAGAAUCUGGAAAUGGUGGAACUACUAAUAAUUAUGGGUGUUCAAACUAAAGACGCACUCCUGCAUGCUAUCAACGUGGAGUUCGUGGAAGCAGUGGAGCUGUUAUUAGAACAUGAAGAGUUAAUUCAUACGGAAGGGGAGCCCUAUAGUUGGCAGACAGUAGACAGUAACACUGCAUCCUUUACUCCUGAUAUAACGCCCCUAAUUUUAGCUGCUCACAGAAAUAACUACGAAAUAUUAAAAAUUCUUUUAGACCGCGGAGCAACCCUUCCCAUGCCUCAUGAUAUCAAAUGUGGCUGUGAUGAAUGCAUAACUUUAUCCCAACAAGAUUCCUUAAGGCAGGCCCUAUCUCGUCUGAAUGAAUAUAAAGCUCUUGCAAGUCCUUCCCUAAUAGCACUCACAUCCAGUGACCCCAUUUUAACAGCUUUUCAGCUGUCGUGGGAACUCAGAAGUCUGGCCUUCGCAGAACCGGAGUGUAAGUCUGAAUACCUAGAUCUACGCCGUCAAUGCCAACAAUUCGCUGUGGACCUCCUGCACCAAUCUAGGAGCUCUCAAGAACUAGCUAUCAUUUUGAAUCAUGAUCCUGACGAUCCUACACCUUAUAAAGAAGGAGAUCAUAUGAGACUUUCCCGAUUGGAGCUCGCCAUACAGUACAAGCAAAAAAAGUUUGUUUCACAUCCGAACAUUCAGCAAUUGUUGGCAGCAAUCUGGUACGAAGGAGUUCCAGGAUUCAGGAGGAAAAGCUCCCUUCAAAAAAUAGGGAUUAUCGUCAAGGUUGCCCUACUCUUUCCCUUUUACUGCAUGUUGUACAUCGUUGCACCCACCACCGAAACCGGCAAGCUGAUGAGGAAACCGUUCAUGAAAUUCUUGAUACAUGCGUCCUCCUAUUUGUUUUUUCUACUAAUUCUUAUUUUGGUUUCUCAAAGAGCUGAAGACUUCUUCAUCGAAAUUUUUGGAACAGAAAGCUGGAAAGAAAGCGUUGUUACAAAAUAUGAAAGGCAAAGAGGUAAUCCACCGAUGCUCCUCGAGUAUGUAGUCCUUAUCUACGUCAUAGGUUUCAUAUUUGAAGAAGCACAUGAGAUGUAUUCUGAAGGAUUUUCCCAUUAUAUCAGAAAUUUGUGGAAUAUUAUUGAUUUCAGCAGAAAUUUCCUAUAUACUGCUGUUUUCUUCUUGAGAGUGGCUGCUUAUUUAGAACAAAAUUCACAAAUUACUCAAAACCCAGGUACGGCAUAUCUAAGAAGAGAAGAAUGGGCUGCUUUCGACUUUCAGUUAGUAGCAGAGGGAUUAUUUGCGGCAGCAAACAUAUUCAGUGCAUUGAAACUUGUCCACCUUUUCUCUAUUAAUCCACACCUUGGACCCCUGCAGAUUUCGCUUGGAAGAAUGGUGAUUGAUAUUGUGAAGUUCUUCUUCAUAUACAGCUUGGUGCUUUUCGCGUUCGCUUGUGGACUGAAUCAGCUUUUAUGGUAUUUCUCGGAUCUGGAGAGACAAAAAUGUUUUCAUCUCCCUAAUGGGAAUGCGGAUUUCGCAAAUUUUGCUGACUCGUGCAUGAAAUGGAGAAGAUUUGCCAAUGUUUUCGAAUCGUCACAAUCCCUAUUUUGGGCUAGUUUCGGUCUGGUUGACCUAUCCAGCUUCGAAUUGACAGGAAUCAAAACCUACACAAGAUUUUGGGGCCUUCUGAUGUUUGGAUCGUAUUCCGUUAUAAACGUUAUCGUACUACUGAAUCUCCUCAUAGCCAUGAUGUCAAACUCAUAUGCCAUCAUAGAGGAACACUCAGAUACUGAAUGGAAAUUUGCCAGAACUAAACUUUGGCUGAGUUAUUUCGAAGAAAGUGCAACACUGCCACCACCUUUUAACCUAAUACCUACCUCGAAAUUAUUCUUGAAAUUAUUAGGUUUGAGGAGGAAGGAUAAACUAAGAAAGCUAUCUUCCAAGAGACGAAACAGGGAGGAAAAAGAACGCGACUAUAAAUAUUCGGCAGUAAUGAGAGCCCUAGUAUGGCGAUAUGUGGCGACAAAACAUAGAAAAGUAGAGGAAAAUCCAGUUACUGAAGAUGAUGUAAAUGAACUCAAAAGUGAUAUAUCUUCGUUUAGAUAUGAAAUACUGGAAGUUUUGCAUAGAAACGGUAUGGAUACAUCGUCAGCUGAUAGAAAAGAAAAAGCUAUUCUGGGAAAAAGGAAUAAAGUAUGGGAACGGAGAUUAAUGAAAGACUUCAAAGUGGGUCCAAUAGCUACAGAAGACGAGGAAGAACUGCUUCAUACCCCUCCUCAGAAUGAAACUGCAACUGCAAGAUUUCGGAGGAUAGCCAAGUUAGCUAUUUUGAAUUCAGGAAUGAACAAAUGGCGACAAGUUAUAAGAGGUGCCUGCAUAGCAUCGCAAAUUGGACAUUGCCACAAUCGACAGUCCUUCAAAAAGCAACAAAAUUUACAACAGGCAAUACUAGCGGCACAAAAGUUUGCCGAAAAGAGUCCAGAGGCAUCCAGAUCAGUGACACCUAUAAACCUGCCUGAUACGACUGCAUUGAACAUAUUCAACAUAAUGAAAGACUUCGAUGGUAUCAAUUCGAAUCUGUCAAGUCCGUUUAUUUCACAAGAACCUUUGUUACACCAACUAGAUCCAGACUUAAUCAAUCUCAGCAGCAACCAAACUUCCCCAAUUACCCAAAACGCAGGGUCACCAUCUUUCAAACAUAUUUUAGGAAAAGAUUUUUCUUCAGUGAGCACUAUAGAAGUACCAAUAAACUGUGGACCAAAUUCUAGUAUCGCAUCAAAACAAACAAAUAAAGAAUCUACCAGCGCAACAGAAGAGUCAGAAAAUGCAGAAAAGAUCAAAAGUUCUGCUUAUGAUGAACAAUUAGAAAUCAAAGAUGUCAUGCAACAUUCAACUCUGAUAUUCUCCUCUGGCCUAGUUCAACCUGAGACAACUUCACAAGAAAAUCCUGAAGGAAAUUCAAAGUACCCUGAAUUUCAAGUAACAGGAACAGAUGGGAGACACAUAGAUAUCAGAAGCCCAAUAUUACCACGAAAAUUCAAUCAUGAUACUUUCGAGAACUUCACACCUGGAAGUAAUGAUGAUCCCGAAGAAAUUGGGAUAUCAACUACCACAUUAGAUAGAACUUCAGAUUCUGAUGGAGGAUCUAAAUUGAAGAAUGCAGAAAAUAAUCUGAGGGAAAAUUCCUCAGAUCCGAAUUUUCCCAAAGUUGGACAACUCGAUUCAACAAAUUCGUCAGGAAUCAAUUCAAAAAGUAUCCCUUCACUGAGUUUACCUCUUCAACAUCAAGGAGCACCAUCAGCACAAAGCGAAUCCGAGAAGGAGAAAAUGUAUUCAAUUAUAACAGAAGAAGACGUCAACAUAUCAACAAAUGAUAAGGCAAAACAUACUGAGGAAAAUAUUGCAGAGCUUUCGAGAGUGAAAGGCCCAACUGUUACUUUUUCACCCAUCUUAGAAGAUGAACAAGGUGAAUCAUCUGAACUAGCAAAGCCAAUAGCUGCUGAUGAAGCAGAUGUCCUUUCAAAAACGCCACUGAAAUCCAGCUUGAAGGCACAGCGUCGAGAGGUCCCGAUUGCUACCACAUUAUCACCAAACGUGCCUACAAGUCCAUCAAUUUCGAGCGAUGGAAAGUCACCCUUGGCCUCGAGAAACAUCCACAGAGUGCCAAAGAAAUAUCAACCAAAAUUUGGAUGGUUGUAAAAAACCAAUACAUCAACGAAAAUAAGAUGAAUAAAAUACAUAAUAUUAAGAAUAUAAUUUUUACACGAAUUGAUCUAAAAGAUUAACGUAAUACCUACAUAACAAUAUUCUUUGACUUUGAAGAAAAUGAAUCGAAUCCGGUUUUGUGUAAUAAUUUGUACUUAUCAUCAGAAAUUACAUUACAAUAAACAUAAGCAUUUUUAAAUA